AUGAACAACAGGAAACUUCCCCGCGCGAUAGGCUACCUCCAGAUCCCGUGUGCGUGUGCGCGGCACGGCGUGUCGGAGAGGUGCAAGCCCAACUACGGCUCGUGCGUCGAGGGCACGCGGUCGGUGCCGAUUGAGCUGCUCGACGUGGCGGGCCUGGUGCCGGGGGCGCACCAGGGCAAGGGGCUCGGGAACAAGUUCCUCGACGACCUGCGGCACGCGGACGCGCUGAUCCACGUCGUCGACGCUAGCGGCACGGUGGACGCCGAGGGCAAGGAGACGCGCGGGUACGACCCCUCGGUGGACAUUGCCUGGCUGCGCAGCGAGAUUGUGGCGUGGAUCAAGGGCAACCUGUGGGAGAAGUGGGGGGAGCAUCCGGCGGCGGCACGUAGCCAUCAAGGCGACGGCGGUUGA